AUGUCAGACACGCCUAUGUGCCACAUCUGUAGACAGAUCUCUAGACGCUCAGCGCGAGGAUUCGUCCUCUUGAAUCCAGGCAAACUGGAACAUUGCUUGCUUUGCAAUCGACUCUUCUGUGCAAAACACAAAGCGGUUGAAAACAACACUAUUUGCAAGAUCAGACAUGAUAGUUAUUAUGAUAAUCACUGGCAAUUACAUGGUACGGGGACGAUUUUUCGAAGCAUGACACAUCGAAACAUAGAGAUGGAUCCGUCCAACGCUGGGUUUGAUCGAAUAACGAAAGUGUUGAUGGAGAGAGAAGAGGACAAGAAGAUAGUAGAGGAAGAGAAAAGGCGAAUUGAGGAGGCGGCCAAGAGCGAGGGGACAAGCGAGGAAAUUGCAAAGCAUGAGUAA